AUGACAAACACGUCCGCAAUAAUUUUGGCUUUAUCAUUGUUGAUUAAUAAUGUAACUUUUCUAAGCAAAACGUCCAUCCUUGAAGGUAAAAAUUUUUCUACUCCUCUAGUCUACAUUCUAAGCGUGUGUCUCCUUCUUCGAGAAGUGCCCAUUCUCCCGAAGUUCCUAUGGGCAAGAUAUACGUCAGCAUGUUUCUUAUUCGAGAUAGCUGUUUCCCUAGCAGUUCUAGAAUAUUCCCUUGUGCACGUUUGGAAUAUAAUAGAACAAUAUGUAUUCUUGCACGCUGAUGAACUCCUGGUACAAAUAACCGACAAACCCGAUUUGGAAUGGCUGGUAUGCCACAUCUGCUAUGGUGAGAGCGAAUGCUCUGUAAUAUUCGCGCAUCUGUUACUCAAAAUAUUAAGUUUCGCGUUUUUGCUGACUGUUUGUUAUUUAGUUGCUGUUAAAUAA